AUGGAAAAAUAUAAAAGUAUUAAAGAAAUAAGAGAUGGCAUAAAAGAAAUGGAAUUGGAAUGCCGAAAACUAAAAAAAGAUAUUAAAAAAAAAGAAAAAGAUAGAAAAUUAUUUAAAAUAUCUACAGUUGUGCUAAAAAAAUACAAUUCUUAUUUGUACAAUAAUUUAAAUAAUUUUUCUAAUAAUCAUUUUAAUUAUAUUUUUAUGUAUAGUUGUGGUAUACUUUUCACUAAUACAACUUUUGAAAAUGAUAACAAAGGCCACUCCAAUAAUUUAAUUAAUAGUAAUAUUUCUAAUUUUUUUCGACAUGAAGAAAAUGAAAAAAUUAAUAAAAGUAAUAUAUCAUUGGUAAAUAUUAUAAAACAAAAAAAGCUAUUUCAUAAAAAUAAGCAUUUAGAAAAGAAGAAACACGAAAAAUAUAAAGAGCAUAGCGAACUAUCCUCAAAAAAAAAAGGAGUUAAUAAUAUGAAUAAUAUUUAUUAUAAUUUCAGCUUAAAAAAUUAUGAAAAAUCUAUAGAAAGUGUAAAGAGUGAGGUUAUGAAAUCAGAAGUAAAAAAUACAUUUUUUAAUAUAAAAGAAAAAGAUAAUUUAUUAAAUAUAAUUAUUCUUGAUAAGAAAGAAAGGGAGAUAGAAGAAUAUGAUAAUGAACAAGAUAAAAAUGUGAACUGUUUAAAAGAACAAAUGUUUAAAAAAAAUUAUGAACAAAUCAAAAAAAAAAAAAAAAAAAAAUCAUUUAUUACAACAUUAAAUAGCAAUUUUUAUAAUGAUUCUAAGAAAAAAAAAUCAUAUUAUAAUUUUCACUUUGAUAGAGAAUAUAAUAAAAAAGAAGAAAAAAACCUUAAUUCGGAUGGUUUGAAUAGUGCUAGUAAUAUAAUUAACUCUAUUUUAUCACAUAAAGAUAAUUUUUCUAAUUUAAAUAAAAAUUGCAUUUAUAAUUUUUCACAUAUGAAUAAUAUUUAUGAUGAAAAAAAAAUAAGAGAUGAUAAAGAUUAUAAAUUGAAGUAUUCUUCAAAUGAAUUGUUAAAAGAUAAAAGCUCAUAUUGUAGUUUGUACAGAAAUAAGAAAUACUAUGAAAAAAAAAGAACAAAUAAUAGAAGUCACAUUGAUUCAUAUAUUGAUUUAAUAAAAAAUGAUAAAGUUUUUUCGUUUUUUGAAAACAAAAAGAAGACAAAAAAUACAUUUAUCGGAUUUAUGAAUCAAAUAAAAAAUAUAUUUUUUCUUAAUGAAAAUAAAGAUAAUUGUAUAAAAGAGAUAAAGGAAAAAAAAGAAGAGUUUAACAUACUGAAAUACCAGUGUUUAAUUAAAUCUAAAAAGGUGGAGAUUUAUUUAUGUGUAUGCCCAAAUUGUUUAAAAAAUUUUUACCUAUUAAUAAAAAAAAGCUCAAAUAAAAAAUUGAAAUCAAAGGUUUUUCAUCCUUCUCACUUUUCUUCUUUAGUUAGUGAUUUAAAAAAACAAAAAGCACAUUUUUUAAGUGAACAAAAUAUACAAAAAUAUGAAAAUUUCUCAGACAAAAAAAAUUUUUGUUUGGAUAUUAACUCAGUGGAAUAUUUCUAUGAAACCAAAAUCUUUAAUGAAAAUGAAAAUAAGUUUGAUUACUGUAGUUGCUAUAUAAAAAUGGAAAAAAAUAAUUUUUUUGAUAAUUUAGAUAUAUUGCUUUAUAUUUAG